CCGCGGCGGCGGCGAAAGCGCAGAGAGCGCAGAGAAGGGCGACAGCGGCGGCUCCGAUGGCGGCCGAACUGGACAACCCGGACCCGCAGAACAACAACAACAACGGUCCGUGGGAGGGAGGGGACGCGCGCGGCUGGGACGACACCACCGCCACCGCCAAACUCUUCGAGUGCUCCCGCAUCAAAGCCCUGGCUGAUGAGAGGGACGCGGUGCAGAAGAAGACCUUCACCAAGUGGGUGAAUUCCCACCUGGCGCGUGUCUCCUGCCGGAUCGGAGACCUCUACGCCGACCUCCGCGAUGGCUUCAUCCUCACCCGACUGCUGGAGGUCCUCUCUGGAGAGCAGUUGCCCAAGCCGACGCGGGGCCGGAUGCGGAUCCACUCUUUGGAGAACGUGGACAAGGCCUUACAGUUCCUCAAGGAGCAACGGGUCCACCUGGAGAACGUCGGCUCCCACGACAUCGUGGACGGGAACCACCGCCUCACCUUGGGCCUCAUCUGGACCAUCAUCCUCCGCUUCCAGAUCCAGGUGAUCAAAAUCAAGACCGAGGACAACCGGGAGACGCGUUCGGCCAAAGACGCUCUUCUGCUCUGGUGUCAGAUGAAGACCUCGGGUUACCCCGAGGUGAACAUCCAGAACUUCACCACCAGCUGGAGGGACGGUUUGGCCUUCAACGCUCUCAUCCACAAGCACAGACCGGAUCUCGUCGACUUCCACAAGUUGACCAAGUCCAACGCCACCUACAACCUCCACACGGCCUUCAACACGGCCGAGCAGCACCUGGGGCUCAGCAAACUCCUCGACCCCGAGGACGUCAACAUGGAGGACCCCGAUGAGAAGUCCAUCAUCACCUACGUGGUGUCCUUCUACCACUACUUCUCCAAGAUGAAGGCGUUGGCUGUGGAAGGGAAGCGCAUUGGGAAGGUCCUGGACCAAGCCAUGGAGAUCGAGGCCAUCAUCGCCCGCUACGAGGCGCUGGCGGCCGACCUUCUGGCCUGGAUCCACCACACCAUCACCAUCAUCAGCAACCAGAAGUUCGCCAACUCCUUGACGGGGGUCCAGCAGCAGCUCCAGGCCUUCACCGCCUUCUGCACUCUGGAGAAACCCAUCAAGUUCCAGGAGAAGGGCAACCUGGAGGUCCUGCUCUUCACCAUCCAAAGCAAACUACGGGCCACCAACCGCAAACUCUACGUCCCGAGAGAGGGCAACGCCAUCUCCGACGUCAACAAGGCCUGGACGUGCCUGGAGAAGGCGGAGCACGAGCGGGAGGUCCUCCUGCGCAACGAACUGAUCCGUCAGGAGAAACUGGAGCUCUUGGCCCAACGCUUCGACCACAAAGUCGCCAUGAGGGAAACGUGGUUGAACGAGAACCAACGUUUGGUGUCACAGGACAACUUUGGGUACGACCUCCCCGCGGUGGAGGCGGCCAUGAAGAAGCACGAGGCCAUCGAAGCCGACAUCUCGUCCUACCAAGAGCGCAUCCAAGCGGUGGUGGAGUUGGCGCUGGAGAUGGAGGCCGACGGUUACUACGACACCAAACGCAUCAGCGCUCAGAAGGACAAUGUCCUCCGGCAGUGGAGACUUUUGACCGAGUUGGUCGGCGCCCGAAGGUCCCGUCUGGAGCAGAACUUGACGCUGCAGAAGAUCUUCCAGGAGAUGGUCUACAUGAUCGAUUGGAUGGAGGAGAUGCAGGUGUUGUUGGUGUCCAAAGAUCUGGGGAAGCAUCUGCUGGAGGUGGAGGACCUUCUGCAGAAGCAUGGGCUGCUGGAGGCCGACAUCGCCGCCCAGGCCGAGCGAGUGAAGGCCCUCAACGCCGCAGCGCUCAAGUUCUCCGAGUUGGAAGGCUACCAACCGUGUGACCCUCAGGUCAUCCGCAACCGCGUCCACCACGUCCAGACGUGUUUGGAGGAGCUCGGCGAGUUGGCGGCCAAGAGACGCAAAGAGUUGGAGGAUUCUCGUCAGCUUUGGGCCUUCUUCCAAGAGGUGGAGGAGGCCGAGGCGUGGAUCGGCGAGAAGGAGAAGAUUUUGGCCACCAAGACCUGCGGCCGAGACCUCAGCAGCGUUUUGGCUUUGACCAACAACCACAAGACCAUGCUGGGCGAGUUGGGCAACCGCCGCGCCCUCCUACACCAAACCAUGAAGAAGGGCGAGCAGAUCUUGGCCAAGAAACGCCUCGGUCCCGGUGGGAUCCAGGAGAAGAUGCGAGAGGUCCGCCUUCGCUGGAAGAAGCUGGAAGAGGUGAUGGGACUCCACCAGCAACGUCUGCAGGAGGCCCUCAACUUCUUCCAGUUCAGCGCCGAGACGGACGAUUUGGUGCGGUGGCUGCAGGACAUCUACCGCAUCGUCUCCAGCGAUGACUUCGGUCACGACGAUUACUCCACUCAAGGGCUUCUCCGGAAGCAUCGGACGGUGGUGGAAGAGGUGGAGAAGCACCGAGCGGCCGUGGUGGCCCUCAGGAAGCAGUUGGCUCUUUUGGCCCCCACCCACGGCCAAGAGGUGGAGGUGCAGAUCCGGGUGGUGGAGGUGGAGCAGCUCUACGGAGAAGUGGUGGAAGUGGCCGUCCUGAGGCAGCAGUGGCUCCAGGACGCUUUGGCCGUCUACCGGAUGUUCAGCGAGGUCCACGCCUGCGAGGUGUGGGUGGACGAGAAGGAGCAGUGGUUGCAGAGGAUGGAAGUGCCCGAAGAACUGGACGAGGUCGAGGUGGUCCAACAUAGGUUUGAAAGUCUGGACCAGGAGAUGAACAGCGUGAUGGGACGUAUUUUGGACGUCAAUCAAGUGGUGCAGCAGUUGGUGGAUGGAGGUCAUCCAAGUUCCGAGGAGGUCCGGGCUUGUCAGGACCACCUCAACAGCAGGUGGAACCGUGUGGUGGAACUGGUGGAGCGUAAGAAGAACCAACUCAGCUCCGUCCUGAAGAUCCAGAACUACCUCCUGGAGUGCAGCGAGAUGAAGGCCCAAGUGCGGGAGAAGAGAAAGGCCAUCGAGGCCACCCAAUCCGGUGGCGGUGACCUGGGUGGGAUCUUGGCUCUGCAACGCCGCCUCUCCACCAUGGAGGCGGCUUUGGUGGUGUUGGAACCGCGGUUGGUGGAGCUUCAACGAGAAGGUGAAAUCUUGGCCGCCGCUCACCCUGGAAGAGCUUUGGAGAUUUUGGUGCCCUUCGAGGAGAUCAGUGAAGAGUGGGAGAACCUCAAGAGGGCUCUUCAAGGCUGUGAGGACUCCUUGACGGUGGCCGGUCGCUUCCAACAGUUCAUCCAAGACUUGGACAACUUCCUUGGGUGGUUGGUGAAGACCCAAACGGCCGUGGCUUCCGAGGAGGUCCCCGAGAGUUUGAGUCAAGCGGAGAAGUUCCUCAACCACCACGCGGCCCUCAAAGAGGAGAUCAACGGCUACGAAGAGGACUACGUCAAGAUCCAAGCGGCGAGCGACCUCCUGGCCCUGGAGGAGACCGAGGUGCCCUCCGUGUCGCUGCAGCGGUGGCUCCAGAAGCUCGACGCCGGGUGGGCGAAGCUCCUCCAGAGCUGGGACGCCCGGCGGGAGGUCUUGGUCCAAGCCCACGUCUUCCACCUCUUCCUCCGAGAUGUCCACCAGUGCGAGUCGAGCCUCUACAAUCAGGAGUCGACGUUGGUCCACGUGGAGCUCCCGGAGACGGUGGAAGGGGUGACCAACGCCAUCAAGAAGCACAAAGACUUCAUCACCACUAUGGACCUCAACCUCCAGAAGAUCCAAGUGACCCUCCAAGCCGGAGAGAACCUCCAGCGGCAAAGCCACCUCUACGGCCACCGCGUGGCCGAGGCCGUGGAAGGGCUCCGAGCUAAGAGCCACCGCAACUACCAGUUGGCCCAAGAGUGGAUGCGACGGCUGCAGGACCACCUCGAGCUCCAGAAGUUCCUCCAAGACUGCCACGAGCUGCAUGGGUGGAUGCAGGAGAAGACCUUAAUGGCCGGGGACCCCACCAGGGACCCCCCCCCGCGCCCCCCCAAACCUUGGCUGAAGCCUCAGGCGUUCCUGGUGGAGCUGGAACAGAGCAAGGAGUGGUUGGAGAAGAUCGAGAAGGAAGGUGCGGAGCUCCUGAAGGCCAAACCCGAGUUGGCCGAGGCCGUUGGGGCCCAACUGGAAGAGCUGCGGCGAUGUUGGGGGGAGUUGGAGGCCUCCACGCAGGCCCGGACGCGGCGCUUGGCCGAAGCCGCGGCCGCCCGGCGCCUGGCCCGGAGCUACGCUGAGAUGGAGGCCAAGUUGGGCACUCUGGAGGAGCAGCUGCAGAGCGUGGGAGCGGGGCCGGACCUCCACAGCCUCAGCACGCAGCUCCGACGGCUGCAGACGAUGGAGUCGCAGGUGGAGGAGUGGUCCAAGGAGGUGGGGGAGCUGCAGGCGGCGGCGGCGGCACUGCCGGCCCAGGCCGUGGGCGCCGAGGCGGUGGGAGAGCGGCAGAACGCGGUGGGGACGCGCAUCGUCCGCCUCAUCGAACCCCUCAAGGAACGGAGGAGGAUCCUCCUGGCUUCCAAGGAGGUCCAUCAGGUCAGCCACGAGCUGGAGGACGAGGUGCUGUGGGUGCAGGACCGCCUGCCCUUGGCCACGCUGAAGGACCACGGCACCAACCUCCAGACGGUCCAGCAGUUCAUCAAGAAGAACCAGAACCUCCGCCGGGAGAUCCAGGUCCACCGACCUCGCGUGGAGGAGGUUCUGGAACGCGCCCGAGCUGUGGCCUCCAUCAAAAGCCCCGAGGCUGAAGGAGUCCGACGUCUUCUGGAGCACUUGGAGACGACGUGGGGGGAGCUCCAAGAGCAGACCGAGCUCCGGCAGCAGACCUUGGAUGCCACCUACCAGCUGGAGCAGUACUACUUCGACGUGGCCGAGGUGGAGUCGUGGUUGGGCGAGCAGGAGCUUCUCUUGAUGAGCGAAGAGAAGGGGAAGGACGAGCAGAGCACUCUCCAACUCCUCAAGAAACACCUCCUGACGGAACAGACGGUGGAGAACUACGAGGAGACCAUCGGUCAACUGUCCCGUCAAUGCCGGGCGCUUCUGGAGCUCGGCCACCCUCAAAGCGAACAGGUCAGCAGGCGGCAGUCGCAGGUUGACCGACUCUACGUGUCUCUGAAGGACCUGGUGGAGGAACGCAAAGCCAAGUUGGAGCAGCAGUAUUGGCUCUACCAGCUCAACCGCGAGGUGGACGAGCUGGAGCACUGGAUCGCCGAGAAGGAGGUGGUGGCCGGCUCGCCGGAGCUGGGGCAGGACUUCGAGCACGUCACGCUCCUCCAGGAGAAGUUCCUGGAGUUCGCCAGCGAGACGGGCAGCGUCGGGCAGGAGCGCAUCGCCGCCGUCAACCAGAUGGUGGACGAACUCAUCGACUACGGCCACGCCGACGCCGCCACCAUUGCCGAGUGGAAGGACGGCGUCAACGAAGCUUGGGCGGAUCUUCUGGAGCUGAUGGAGACGCGGGCGCAGAUGUUGGCCGCUUCUCACGAGCUCCACAAGUUCUUCAACGACUGCAAAGAGGUUUUGGGUCAAAUCGAGGAGAAACGGCAACGUCUGCCGGAGCUGGCGGCUCGCGAGGGCAGGACCUCGGCCACCGCCCUGCAGCGGGCGUUGGGGGCCUUCGAGCACGACGUGGAGGUCCUGGUGACCCAAGUGCGGCAGCUCCAAGAAGGGGCGGCGCAGUUGAGGACCCUCUACGCUGGGGACAACGCCGAAGCCAUCGCCGGAAGGGAGCAGGAGGUGUUACGGGCGUGGAAGGAGCUCCUGGCGGCGUGCGAGGAGUGUCGGCUCCACGUGGCGAGCGUCGCCGAGAAGAUCCGCUUCGUCGGCACCGUCAGAGACCUUCUGGCUUGGAUGGACGGUGUCCUCUGCCAGAUUGGCGCCGGCGAGAAGCCGAGGGACGUCUCCUCGGUGGAGCUGCUGAUGAACGACCACCAAGGGCUGAAGAGCGAGAUCGAGGCCCGCGGCAAGAGCAUCGCCGCCUGCUUGGAGCUGGGCAAGAGCCUUCUCCUCAGCAAGAGCCCGGCGGCCGACGAGAUCAAAGCCCACGUGGAGAAGCUGUUGGCCAAGAAGAAGGAGAUGCUGGAGAAGUGGGACAACCACUGGGAGCGGCUGCAGCAGAUGCUGGAGGUCCACCAGUUUGCCCAGGAGGCCGUGGUGGCCGACGCUUGGCUGACGGCGCAGGAGCCUCUGCUGAAGAGCCAGGAGUUGGGCAGCAGCGUGGACGAGGUGGAGCAGCUCAUCCGGCGGCACGAGGCCUUCCGCAAAGCCGCCGCCGCCUGGGAGGAGAGGUUCAGCUCCUUGCGGCGUCUCACCACGCUGGAGAAGCUCAAAGCGGAGCAGCACCAACAGCCGCCGACGCCGCUCCUGACCCGUAAAUUCCUGGUGGACCCUCCGGUUGGGCCGUUGCCGGGAGGCCCCGUCUGCCGCCGCCCGGAGCCGCGCGUCGCCUACGUUCGCCACCAACUCCACCCCGAACGCCUCCAACCGGCGCUCGACCGCCUCCACGGCCCUCCUGGCGACGGCGCUCCCGAUGGGGACCCUCUUCCGCCCUCCACCGCCGACGCCGCUCCGGUGCCCCCCAAGACGGAAGAACCCGGAGAGGGGAGAGCGGCACUUCUGGAACGGCGCCGGGAGCGGCGCGAGCGGCGCUUGGAGAGACAGGAGUCGAGCGAAGCGGAGCCGCCGCGGCACAACGGCAAAGGCGGCGCCAAAGCCACUCUGGCCGACAUCGUGGAGCAGCUGCAGGAGAAGGAGGCAGCGGCGCCCGCCCCAGCGCCGCCCCCAGAGCGUCCGUCUCCGUCUCGGCUGCCGAUGGGUCCGGAGGCCCUCCCGGAUCGGAGCCCUCGGCCGGAGCGCCCCCGCGCUCGCGAUCGCCCCAAACCGCGCCGGCGGCCGCGCCCCAAAGACACCGCUCCGGGGGACCCUCGGAGGUCGCGGUCGGCGCCGGCGCAGGGAAGUGUCCCCCCCCCGGCCCCGCCCCCCGCCCACACCGUCCACCACGAGGGGUUCCUCUUCCGGAAGCACGAGUUGGAUGGACCCAACAAGAAGGCGUCCAACAGGUCGUGGGUGAACCUCUACUGCGUCCUGAGCAAAGGUGACCUCGGCUUCUACAAGGACUCCAAAGGCCCAACCACCGGCACCACCCACGGUGGAGAACCUCUCCUCAACCUCCACAACUCCAGCAGCGAAGUGGCCAACGACUACAAGAAGAAGAAGAACGUCUUCAAGCUCAAGACCAGCGAUGGAAGCGAGUUCCUCUUGCAAGCCAAGGAUGAGGAGGACAUGCGGGGGUGGCUGCAGGCGCUGGCGUCCUCGGCGCAGGAACACGCCGAGCUGGCGCGAUGGAGUCAGGGCCUCCUCACCACCUCCUCCACCGACGAGGGACUUCCCCGGCGCGAGGGCGACCGACGUCCCAGCGCCUCCACCCGGAGGAAGUGACGCCCCCAGCACCCACUUUUGGACCUCCCCCACCCCAUUUUUGGGGUCCCCCCCACUUUCGGGGUCCCCCCACCCCAAGAACGGAGAGGAACCGCCUCAGACCUGGUGACCCCAAAGGUGGUGGGAACAUCAGGUGGUGGUGGGACCUCUCAAAUCUUAGGUUCUUCCACCCACUUUUGGGGUCCCUCACCCACUUUUGGACCUCCCCCAUCCCAUUUUUGGGGUCCCCCCCACUUUCGGGGUCCCCCCACCCCAAGAACAGAGAGGAACCGCCUCAGACCUGGUGACCCCAAAGGUGGUGGGAACAUCAGGUGGUGGUGGGACCUCCCAAAUCUUAGGUCCUUCCACUCACUUUUGGGGUCCCCCACAUACUUUUGGGGUCCCUCACCCACUUUUGGACCUCCCCCACCCCAUUUUCGGGGUCCCUCCCACUUUUGGGGUCCCCCCACCCCAAGAAUAGAGAGGAACCGCCUCAGACCUGGUGACCCCAAAGGUGGUGGGACCUCCCAAAUCUUGGCCCCCCCUCAC